UUUUGAACUAAACAAGGCCCUAGCGUACAAAGAAAGAGUCGGCAAACCUACAGGGUCGUUCCCUACUUCCCUUUUCCAGCGGCAGUAAGCAUGACAAGGCUCGAUUCUCCUGGGCCAGAAGCCCAUAACCAUCAACCAGGGCUGACCAAAACCCUCUCCUGUUGGGCCACAUAACCAGUAACUUCUCGAUCCUGGGCCCGGUCAGCCCUCAGCCGUUCCUUUUCCUUCCCCAUGAAGGCGCCGCGCCGUCGUGGGCAUCGAUCGCCGCGCCGGUGAUUCGGUGCACCGCCCUGCCCGCCCAGCGGAUUCGGUGCGGCUGCGGCAGACGUACGCGCACGGCCGGACGCUGCCGGACGCUGCGAAGUGCGAACCCCCAAAAUAUUCCACUUGUCUUCCUCACCUCGUCGACCGAGCUGCAGUGCACGCUCCCCCUUCCUUUCCCUUUCCUGCCUUCCUCGGGUGGAGCCGGAGAGUGAAGGAAUCGCGGCACAGAACCUUCGACUCCUCGCCACUGGCUGGAGAAGCCACCUCCGAUUCCGCACGAGAAGAAAGCAAACUACCCGCAGUUCCGUUCCGCAAGACCAGAUUGCCCCGCUCUCCUCCUCUCUCCCCUGAGCGCUGAUCAAAUCGAUCCACAGUGCCGGCGGACGUCUCGACCCCCUCCCGUCCCGUUCCAUCCAAUCCACCAGCGAACAGAUGGCGUCGCAGUGGGCUACUCCGCCGCCGGGCUACCCGGCCGUGCACGGGCAGGCGUACGGCAACCAGCAGCUGGCCACGCCGCCGCCUCAGGCCGCCACGGCCGUGGCCGUGACGGCGACGAGCAACGGCGUGGGCAACCCCUACGUGGUCGUCACCCCCGCGUCCGCCACACCUUCCACCGGCCAGACCGUCAGGAAGGCGCUGUGCCGCUACGGCAAGCUGCUUGAAGACGGGACCCGCAAGGCCGCCGACGCCACCGGCAACAUCUGGCACCACCUCCGGAUGGCGCCGAACAUGGCAGACGCGGCGGUGGCGCGGCUGUCGCAGGGGACCAAGGUGUACGCGGAGGGUGGCCACGACAGGGUGUUCUACCAGACGUUCGGCGCCAUGCCCGGGGAGCAGCUCCGCAAGGCCUACGCCUGCUACCUCUCCACCUCCUCGGGCCCCGUCAUCGGCACGCUCUACCUCUCCACGGCGCGCCUCGCCUUCUGCAGCGACAGCCCGCUCUGCUACCAGGGCCCUGCCGGCCAGCAGCAAGAGUGCAUGUACUACAAGGUGGUGCUUCCCCUGAGUCAAGUGACGUCAGUGAACCCUUCUUCCAGUAUGCGCAACCGUGCGGAGAGGUACAUUCAGAUCACGACCAUGGAUAACCACGAGUUCUGGUUCAUGGGGUUCGUGAACUACGAUAAGGCUCUCAAGAAUCUCUACGAGGCCCUGCAGCACCGCGAUGUCAACGGCCACCAGCGCAGCUGAUGCUGAUGAGGCUUCGGUUCGGUCCUACUGCUAUUGUACUUCGUUCAUGAUGAACUGUGACAUCCGUUAUCUUGAUCUUGAUGUUCUUGAAUAAGAUAGACACCGAAAAAUCCUGAUGUUUUUGUGUCGCUAA